AUGCAGCCAAAGGUGAAGAAACUCAAGUCGACUCAAGAUGACGGGGGAAAGGAAGCAGAGGCGGUGGCGUACCACGCGUAUCAAGACGAGCUCAUGGUGUUUGCCGGCGUCGGACGGAAAGUAGCCGACUGCGUGGCGCUCUUCUCCCUGGAAAAGCUCGAGGCCAUCCCAGUUGACACACACGUGUGGCAGAUUGCAUGCCGCGAGCUGGACGCGAGUCUCAGCGACCGGAAGAGCAUCACGCCGACCGUGUACCGCAUGGUCGGGGAUCUCUUCCGAACUCGGUUCGCGCCUCAAGCUGGCUGGGCGCACAGCGUGCUGUUCGCUGGGGACCUCUCAGCUUUCAAGCCCGAAUUGCCCGGCGGUGAGAAGAAGAAGGCCAAAGCGAAGCGAAGUCCUGCCAAGCCGAAGGCGGCGACGAAGCGGAAGACCAGCGUAGCAAGUGCUUGA